AAAAGCCAACUUGCAUAAAAGAAAAUAAAAGGAAGGAACGAAAUAAUAAAAUCGAAUUUCUAGAAAAGACGCGAUGACCUAGUCGGCUUCACCCUUCUGUAUAAAUCGGCCCCUUGAGACCUCUUCUCUCCUUCACAACUUAGGUUUCGAAUUCGAUAAUCAAAAAAAAAAAAUCAAUCAUCUCAAUUCUCUCUCAAGUCGCAAGCUACGAUCAAGAUGCAGAUCUUUGUGAAAACUCUCACCGGAAAGACCAUCACCCUCGAGGUGGAAAGCUCUGAUACCAUCGACAACGUUAAGGCCAAGAUCCAGGAUAAGGAGGGAAUCCCACCGGACCAGCAGAGGCUCAUCUUUGCCGGCAAGCAGUUGGAGGAUGGAAGAACUCUUGCGGACUACAACAUCCAGAAGGAGUCGACUCUUCAUCUCGUCCUCAGGCUCCGUGGUGGUAUGCAAAUAUUCGUUAAGACGUUGACGGGAAAGACGAUCACUUUGGAGGUUGAAAGCUCCGACACUAUUGACAAUGUCAAAGCCAAGAUCCAAGACAAAGAGGGUAUCCCACCAGACCAGCAGAGGUUGAUCUUUGCUGGAAAGCAGCUCGAGGAUGGUCGCACCUUGGCAGAUUACAACAUCCAGAAGGAAUCUACUCUUCACUUGGUCCUGCGUCUACGUGGAGGCAUGCAAAUCUUCGUCAAGACUUUGACAGGAAAGACGAUCACGCUAGAGGUGGAGAGUUCCGACACCAUUGACAAUGUGAAAGCCAAAAUCCAGGACAAGGAGGGUAUUCCUCCCGACCAGCAGAGGCUUAUCUUUGCUGGAAAGCAAUUGGAAGAUGGCAGGACCUUGGCCGAUUACAACAUUCAGAAGGAGUCUACGCUUCACUUGGUCCUCAGGCUCCGUGGUGGCAUGCAAAUAUUUGUGAAGACCCUUACCGGCAAGACUAUCACAUUGGAGGUUGAGAGCUCAGACACCAUUGACAACGUCAAGGCUAAGAUCCAGGACAAGGAAGGCAUUCCUCCGGACCAGCAGCGUCUCAUCUUCGCUGGAAAGCAGCUUGAGGAUGGUCGCACUCUUGCUGACUACAACAUCCAGAAGGAGUCGACACUUCACUUGGUGCUCAGGCUUCGUGGUGGUAUGCAGAUUUUUGUGAAGACCUUGACCGGCAAGACCAUCACACUGGAGGUGGAGAGCUCCGACACCAUUGACAACGUCAAGGCCAAGAUCCAAGACAAGGAAGGCAUCCCUCCGGACCAGCAGCGUCUCAUCUUCGCUGGAAAGCAGCUCGAGGAUGGUCGCACCUUAGCAGAUUACAACAUUCAGAAGGAGUCCACCCUUCACUUGGUCCUUCGUCUCCGUGGUGGUAUCUAAAACUCUCGUCCUGUGUGUCUGGUUUUCUUUUAAAAAGUACUUAAGGUUUGUGUUUUGGGGUCUUAUAAAGCCCCUGAUGAAUAAUUGAUGAACUCUUGCGUCCUUGUUUUCUCUUUCCUUGUGAACCAAAUCGGAUUUCUCUAUUGUGAAAUAUAUAAUAGUCGUUGCGUUUUACUUUUC